AUGGCCUCCUCAAACGCGUUCCCCGCUCUCGAUACCUCCAUGUCACCCACUGGCAACCGCUCCGCAGGCGCAUCUCCCACCAACUCCUCCAUGAACGGUGGCAAUGGUGUCAACGGUCCUUCCGCUGCGGCGGCUGCGGCGUACAUGCCCCCAUUGCCAGUCGGACACCAGCAAGACCUGAACCACCUUUUCAACCAGAUCCAAGAACUGGGAACUCUGCUCCGCAGCAACCGGGACAAGGUCAACAGCAUCACCAAGAACGCCGAGGAAGUUGCUAAACGUGCCAACGGCGCGCUCACCAACGGUGAAGAGUCAGGUGCGGUAGAGAAUGACAAAGCCAAGAUCCGCGAACUCGAGCUCGAACUCGCCAAACAGAAGCACCUCGUCGAACUGUACAAGCACGAGCAGAAGGAAAACACAAACUUGAUUGCCAUGUACGAAGAAGCAAUGGGAACUGCAGUCGAGCAAGUGCGAAACUACUGCGGAGACAUCGAAGGCCGCUUCCUUCGUCAGCGCAGACACUACAACGAUCUCUUGCAGCAGGAGAAGGACGAACACCUCCAGAGCAGACUGGACCGAGACCACUGGCACGCGCAGACGCUCAAGGUGUGUGAGAUGAUCAGAACGGCCCACAGACUCAGAAGUGAGGAGUGGCACGAAGAGUACACAAUCAUAGCGGCCCUGCAGGGUGAGGUGCGCAUCCUGAGACGCGUGAUCGGGAUGGAGGCAGAGAAGCCAGAAGAGGAGACGGGCUGGCCGUACCUGAAGGAUUUGUCACUGCCAGAAUAG